CACGCUCCGGGAAUAGCGUUCGCGCCAUUAUCUGUGCCCCCAUCUGUUGACGAGGUAAUCAAUUCGACCAUUUUCAUUUAGUUUUGUAACUUUCGACCUCGAAGCACGACAGCUCGACGUCACGAUAUUAUUCGAAAUUCGGGAAAAAAAAAGUUUUUUAAAGCGAGCGCUUUAAGGAAGGAAUGGUAUCGUGCAGCCCUCGGGAUUACCGAUGCUUGUUUCCAGUUCUUUAGUUCAGCAUAGCGUAUCAUGACUACUCUUCAACAAGGUUUACCGUGGCUGGAUGGAGCUUGCAAUUGCCGAAAGCAGAGGCCUCCGCGGAUUGGAGAGAUUCCAAAAUACACCGCCGUCGAUGUUGACGUAAAGUCAUCGCGUACCGCCGAAACCACAGCGCCCAACUCGAGAACGUCGCCCGACAAUUCGGAGACACCUUCACAAAACUGUCCCACCCAAACCCUAUCCGAGCCGAAUCAAAUUGGUCUUGAACCUCAAACUGUGAUAUCAUCGUCUGUUGUGCCUUCGUCAGAUAUUUCUAGAAAUAAUAAUAUACUAUCCCAAUAUCCAAAGGCAGCGACCGUUACGAAUAAGUUGACCAAUCCGAAAGGUUUGAUACAAUCGAAAAGUUUAGCGAUAGAAAACCGACCCAUCUACCCGAACUGCCCCUACUCCCCCUAUGGUAGUCCGACCAAUUCGCCGAGAGGUAAGAAGAAGCAGCCGAUAAAGGAGUCGAGAAGGAUCUCCAUGGAGCAUACGGGAAUGUACAUACAAUUGAAUCAGUACAAGCUCAUGGAUUCAAUUGGACAGGGCGCCUACGGUAUCGUUAAACUUGCCUACAACCAAGAGGACGAUACUCAUUACGCGAUGAAGAUACUAUCGAAGAAGAAGCUGGUGAAGAAAGCAGGAAUGUUCGGUAGGCUGCCUCCCAGAUGGAUUGCGAAAUCGUGCGAUUCCGAAAUGCUGACACCUCUCCAGAGGGUGUAUAGGGAAAUCGCCGUACUUAAGAAAUUAGAUCAUCCGAACGUAGUGAAAUUAGUCGAGGUGCUUGACGACCCCGAAGAGGACCAAUUGUAUUUAGUUUUCGAAUUGUUAGAAAAACCCAUUUUAAAUGUACCAACAGACGAACCUCUAUCGGAAAAUAAUACGUGGCAUUAUUUUCGAGAUGUGAUACUAGGAAUUGAAUAUUUACACUAUCAGAGAAUUAUUCAUCGAGACAUCAAACCCGCCAAUCUCCUACUGACCGAUUCGGGAAGGGUUCAGGUCGCCGAUCUGGGCGUCUGUAACGAGUUCGACGGUUCCGACGCAUACCUUUCGACGACCGUGGGAACGCCCGCGUUUAUACCACCGGAGGCGCUCAGGGAAGGUCAGAACGACGGUUUCAGUGGCAAGGCGGCAGACAUUUGGUCGAUGGGAGUCACGUUAUACUCGCUCGUGUACGGAAGAACGCCGUUCAUCGAGGAGAACAUAAUAUCUCUUUAUUCUCGGAUCAAAAGUCAUCCCGUCGAGUUUCCGGCGACCCCUCACAUAUCUUCGUCUUUAAGAAACCUCAUUCUAAGUAUGCUAGUCAAGGAUCCGAAGCAGAGGAUUACGCUGCCCGAAAUUAAGGUGCAUCCGUGGGUAACGAAAGGUGGCACGUGUCCUCUCCCGAGCGAGGAGGAGAACUGCCAUCUGGUGGAGAUAACCGAAGAGGACGUGGCGCGCGUUAUUACAUCGAUACCGAAACUGGACACGCUGAUUCUAAUCAAGCACAUGCUCAAGCAGCAUUCGUUUCAGAAUCCGUUUUCGCACAAAAGCGAAGGAAGGGCCCAGGACAAGGAGCUGUCCGUCAGACACGUGCACAUCGGCAAGUCGGGACGCUCAAAUUCGGCGCCGGGCUCGUACACUUUACCCGGCGACAAGCACAUUUCCGUCGAUACGUCACUGGAGUCCGUUCAAGAGACGCAAGGUGAACAGAGGUCGAUCGAAAAGUAGCCGCCACCGUUUUUGAUAUUCAGCAUUUUUUUAAGUGUCGUAGCGUCAUAGUCAAUGUUACCUUAUUCGUUAACCAAAAGACACCGUCUUCGAAUUUAUUAACGAUAGGCUUUUCUUGUAAGUGGCAGGGACCAUAUUUUCCGAAAAAGGACCAAAAAUUCGGUUGCAAACUUUAUUUUUGUCGUAAGUAUUCUAUUUAAAGAGCUUCUGCCGAGUGCCUUAGAGCAGCGAUGUUGUUGGUACAUGCCCUCUAUUUUAUAUACGAGUAUCGAUGUUAUGUAGCUAUCAGCUUUAACGUUUGGGGUAAAUUUGAAGGGGGUAUCUUUUUUUUGUACUUACAGUAAGUUAUUUUGUCGUUCUUAGAUUUGUAUAUAAUGCCUUAUUCUUAUAUAAGAACUCAAAACACACUCUCUACUACUUCUAUUCCCUUUUGCGCUCUCUUAAUGCAUGUCGAUUAAACUUCAAGUUCCAAUGUUUAAAGGAUUUUUAAUCUCGAAAUUAAUAUUUACUACCUACUGUAGUUUAUUUUGACUCUAAUAUUUAAUAAACAUUUUAAUUGUU